AUGAGCAGUUCCACGUCGGACGACAUGAGACCGUUGAAAAUACUGACUCUAGAUGGCGGCGGACUUCAGGCGUUGUCCACACUCAGCAUUCUGAGCAAACUUUGUGAUGCUAUUGCUAUCAACAAGGCCUCCGACCGAAAACCAGCACCCUACGAACUCUUCGAUAUCAUCGGUGGCAUAGGAACUGGAGGAUGGCUUGCGUUACUUCUCGGUCGAUACCGCCUGGACCUCACGCGCUGCAUGAGCAUCUACCUUGAGCUGGCCAGUGACCCACAGCUCCCCGCAACGAGAUCUCUGUUCGGCUCGAAACCGUACGCGCUGGAUCAAAAACGCCUGAUCUCCAAGAUCGACAGUAUCCUCGAAAGAUACGAACUGAACCCUUCACUUUUAGACAAUGAGGCGCAGAAGACGGAGGAAGGUAUAGAGGUUAGGUGCAAGCAUGCUUUUGCUGUCGGUGCAAUCCAGUCCUCUGACGAAGGCAACCGGGAAUACGACGUAUUCAGAGCAUACCGUACUACUACCAAGACACCCGGACCAUAUUAUCGCCCAGGCCCUGAUCCAGAAUCAUGCAAGGUUUCUUCUGUAUGUGCAGCUACCGGCGCGACCAAAUACCUCCUUCAGCCAUACACGAUUGGAUCGACGACCUACUCAGACAAUGGAUUCCCCAAUCCACAUAAUAUCACAGAAAUUGCAAUGGACGAAGCAUAUCACAUCUUCGGAGAGAAACCGCCCCUGUCUAUCAUAGUUAACAUCGGACCUGGCAUUCCUUCCGACCACGAUAUCGAAAAGCUGCAGAAACUGUCCCGAAAAUUCUCCUGGCCUUACUGGCUGCCGAGCAGCAAUAGAACAGGGCUGAGGAAAGCAAACACGCUGAAUACCAGUCCUACUUCUUCUACAAUAACCACAAGUGGGACAAAGUGGGUGGAGUCGCCUGUUCGUUCAGAUACCUCUUCGUCAGCAAGCUCUGAAGCGGAGGGGGUCGAGCGUGAGAUUGAAGCGAAAAUAAUCGAACGUCUCCACAAAGACUAUCCUGAUCAGAAGAUCUUUAUAAGAUUGGCACCUCCACCAGCGCAUGAUGAGCUUGCACUGAACGAUGUACAUGUCAUCAGCACCUCGAGUGAGGAAGUCGACAAGUUUUUGCGGCAGGAUACGACGAAGAAAUGUCUGAGGCAGGCGGCAGAAAGAUACUGUGUUACUUCCAGUGCUGCUUGA